GGCGCUGGCAGCCCGCGGCCGCGGAGGCAGGUGAAGGAGCGGGACGGAGCGCUCCCGCGCAGCGCCGAGGGUCAGGCCCUCCCUGGGCGGGGGGAAACGGUCGCCUUCGUCCUGCCCCGACCUGACGCCGGCGCCGCGGCAGACGCGCCCCGAGAGCCGCCCAGCUCCCGCCGCCGAGCGGGAUGGCCCGGCGGGCGCUGCCCCCGCUGCUGUGACGGGACCGCGCCGCCGCCUCCUCACGCCUCCCCUCGGGAGCGCCGGGCAUGCCGCUGCCUGCCCGCGCCGCUGCCCGCCGCGGUGACCUGGGCCCCCCGGGCCCCGGGAUGCGCCGCGGGGGCUGAUCCGUCGCGGAGGCUGGCGGCAGCGCCGAGGAGCAUGAGCCACGCGGGAAGCCCGGCGAAAGCCUACGAUUUCCUGCUGAAAUUCCUGCUGGUGGGCGACAGCGACGUAGGCAAGGGGGAGAUCCUGGCCAGCCUGCAGGACGGCGCCGCCGACUCACCCUACGGCUACCACAUGGGUAUAGAUUAUAAGACCACAACAAUUCUUCUGGAUGGCCGACGAAUCAAGCUCCAGCUCUGGGAUACAUCAGGGCAAGGGAGAUUCUGCACCAUAUUUCGGUCUUAUUCAAGAGGUGCUCAGGGAGUGAUACUGGUGUAUGAUAUCACAAAUCGGUGGUCGUUCGAUGGAAUCGAUCGAUGGAUAAAAGAAAUAGAUGAGCAUGCUCCUGGUGUCCCAAAAAUCCUGGUUGGAAAUCGCCUUCACUUAGCCUUCAAGCGCCAGGUGUCCACUGAGCAAGCACAAGCCUAUGCUGAGAGGCUGGGCAUGACUUUUUUUGAAGUCAGUCCACUUUGUAAUUUCAAUAUUACGGAGUCCUUCACUGAGCUGGCAAGAAUAGUAUUGCUGAGACAUGGAAUGGACAGGCUCUGGAGGCCAAACAAGGUACUGAGUCUGCAAGACCUUUGCUGCCGUGCCAUAGUUUCCUGUACCCCUGUGCACCUCGUUGACAAGCUCCCUCUCCCUGUUGCCUUAAGAAGCCACCUCAAAUCUUUCUCCAUGGCAAAUGGCCUUAAUGCGAGGAUGAUGCACGGCCGCUCGUACUCGCUCACAUCCAGCAACAUCAACAAAAGGAACAGCAUAAAGAAAGCUAAAAUUACCCGUCCAGCACAGAGCCCACCAAAACACUGCACAAGAAACAGCUGUAAAAUUUCUUAAGCUCUCCAUGGGGAAAGGAACCUCGAUGGAAUCCCCUCAUGUGAAGUGUUCAACACCAGGAGCCCUUGUUCAAUGUUUGAGCACACUCUAUGUGUGUAUCACACUACAUCACAGACAGAAAUGAGAAAAAGAAGUCUUUCUGGCUCACUACAGUAAUGCUGCUUUGGAACAAAUGACAUGCUCACUGCAACUAAAAGGGUGUGGGUUUUUUCCUGUUGGGUUUUCAUACUGCAUUUUAAUUUCUGAUGUGCAUGAUGCCAUUGUUUUUGCUAGCAGAUGUGUUUUCAUAUGGGAAAGAAUCACCCUUAGGUUCAGUUCUUAAUUCCAUGACGUCUGGGAAGUUGCUUGUAGGAAAUCCUGCCUUUUGCAAACGACUCAAAAAGGCAACAGCGAAUCAUCAGUUUGCAUCUUCAGGCAGGGGUUUCUGAACACAAUGUAUUGUGUACAUUGUGAAAUUCUACAGUGUGACAAAUUGAACUGACACUGCAGUUGUUGUGUUUGGAUUUUUUGGUAAAGUUUCCUUGGUAACUUUGAAGCACUAACUUAACUAAGCUAAAAAUGUACAUAGAUAAUGCACAUACACAACAAGGUUUUGUCCCAUUCGUGUAUGUGAUAGAUUUGAUAAAGUUCUUUGUAUGUUAUUUAAUGCUUUGGGAAAUUAAUUGGUGGUUUAAAUACUUAUUUUUCUGUAAAAAAAAUUAAAAUUACAUUUUAUACCACUCUACAAUAAAGUUCUAGGAGGAAAAUGCCAAAGA